AUGGGUCUUCUUGGUCCCCCAGAGCUCUAUAACCAAACCCCCCAACCAGAACCUAAGACUGGUGACCCAUUCAUGGACCUCAUGGUUGCCGAUUACAACAAAGCCAAUCACCAAACACCCCCAAGGGGCUACACCGAGAACCUCUCACCCACCUUCCUCUCCUCUGGCAAUCCUUGCCUCGAUUUUUUCUUCCAUGUCGUGCCCGAUACGCCACCUGAGACCUUGAAACAGAGACUUGAACUGGCCUGGGCACACAAUCCCCUCACCACCCUUAAGCUCAUCUGUAAUCUCCGAGGAGUACGUGGCAGCGGCAAGUCUGACAAAGAAGGUUUCUACACAGCAGCGCUUUUUCUCCACAUGAACCACCCUAAAACCCUAGUCCACAACCUGGAGUCUUUUGCUAAUUUCGGCUACUUCAAAGACUUGGCAGAGAUUCUUUACCGACUUCUACAAGGCCCUGAUAUUCGUAAGAAGCAAAAACACGAGCAUGAUUGUAACAAAAAAUACAAUGUGAAGCCAAAUUUUGUCGCCAAGGAAAUUACGCAGGGGCUGAGGGAAAGGAAGCGCUUGGCUAUGGCUAACAAAGCCCUUGAGAGAUAUAAUCGUGACAUGGAUUUUCGUUCAUUGCACAACAGCGUAUCAGACUUGUUUGCCAAGUAUUUAAAGGCUGACAUGGAGUUCCUAAACUCAGGGCAGUUGAACAAGAUCAGUCUUGCAGCCAAGUGGUGCCCUUCAAUUGAUUGCUCGUUCGACAGGUCUCUUUUGCUUUGUGAGAGUAUUGCAAGGAGGGUUUUCCCCGUGGAGUCGUACUCGGAAUACCAAGGCGUUGUAGAGGCACAUUAUGCAUAUAGGGUGCGUGACAGGUUAAGGAAGGAAGUUUUGGUACCACUUAGGAAGGUGUUGGAGUUGCCUGAGUUGUACAUGAGUGACAAACGUUGGAAUGAGCUUCCAUACAAUAGAGUUGCUUCGGUGGCCAUGAGGCUUUACAUGAAAAGAUUCUUUAAGCAUGAUGAAGAGCGAUUUAAGAAGUAUUUAGAAGAUGUUAAAUGUAGGAAAUCAACAAUCUCUGCGGGGGCAUUGCUUCCCCAUGAGAUCAUUGAGUCUGCGAUAGAGGGAACAGAAGCUGAGGCUGAAGUUGCAGACCUUCAAUGGAAGAGGAUGGUGGAGGAUUUGUCAAAGGAAGGCAAGUUGAGGAACUGCCUCGCCGUUUGUGAUGUCUCUGGGAGCAUGUGGGGCACCCCUUUCAACGUGUCUGUUGCAUUGGGGUUGUUGGUUUCGGAACUGAGUGAAAAGCCGUGGAAAGGCAAGGUUAUUACGUUUAGCGAGAAACCUCAGCUUCAUAUAAUUAAAGGCGAUGAUCUUAAAUCGAAGAUGAGGUUUUCGCAGCAGGUAAAAUUUAUGAACACCGAUUUUCAGAAGGUGUUUGAUCAUAUAUUGCAAGUGGCUGUGGAUGGGAACUUGAAGGAGGACCAGAUGAUUAAGAGGGUGUUUGUGUUUAGUGACAUGGAGUUUGAUGAAGCUUCGAAGAAUGAUUGGGAGACCGACUAUGAAGUGAUACAAAGGAAGUUUAGGGAGAAAGGAUAUGGAUCUGUGGUGCCUGAAAUUGUGUUUUGGAAUCUGAGGGACUCUCAGUCCACGCCGGUUGUUUCCAUGCAGAAGGGGGUGGCAAUGGUGAGCGGGUUUUCAAAGAAUAUGAUGAAGUUUUUCUUGAAUAAUGAUGGGGAAAUCUUGAACACUGAGUUUAUAAUGGAAAUGGCCAUCUCUGGUGAGGAGUAUCAGAAACUUGCUGUGGUGGAUUGA